UUGCGAGUCCAAAUUGGUUUACUUGGGAAAAUGAUACAACCGAUGCAGCGACUUCUCUCUGACGACGAAAAUCUGCAACUUCCUUUAAUUUAUUCUCGCUGUGGCAAAUGGGAACAGGUUGACUGAGAAUCUCUUCAGGCUUCGAGGUGAUCACUACGGCGAUUGUUCGAGCACCGAUCAUUCCAUGGAGAGCCUCCGCCGCCACCGAUCCCCCGGCUCCAACCGCUUCCUCGGCAUCUUGUCGCCCUCGCCGCCCUCCGGCGAAUCCGCGGGCGCCGCCGUCGAGCUCCACGAAUCCGACGUCUUGUGGACCUCCAUCGCAGACGGGCAGGAGCCGGCGCCGCCUCCUCCGCCUGCCUCGCUGAGCGAACACCUUUCCUCUCGUUUCGCUCUCCCCCGCCCUCCCGACCGCGGGUUCGGAAUCCUUGCUGCCCUUCCGGAGGACGACGCGAGCGGCUCCUCCUCCCCGGUCAUCGCCGCUGGUCCGCAUCUCAUACAGAGGAAACCCUCGAUUUCUUCCGCGUCCUCCUCCGCUUCCAAUUCGCCAUCGCCCGCUUCCGCGGCCUCCGCGCGGAUGAUCCCCUCGGUUCCGAAGCCGAAGCCCGAGUACUCGCUCUCGACGCCGAGCGGGAGGGCGCACCAAGCGCACUCGCUUCCGGUCAAUGUGCCGGUUGUCCCCCGGAGGAUGAGACGAUUCGAGAUGGAGGAAAGUGGGGUAGUUGAUGAUGGAGACGGGGACGAUAACGAAAUGAUGCCGCCUCAUGAGAUCGUCGCCAGGAGCAGUGGAAGGGGGUCGCCCAAGACAACCUUUUCGGUCCUGGAAGGAGCUGGGAGAACGCUCAAAGGAAGAGAUCUGCGGCGCGUCCGUGAUGCUGUUUUUAGGCAGACGGGCUUUCUUGAUUGAUACGACGCAGAUUCAAGAAGAACCUUAUUUAAUCAACCUUGGUAAGUUGUGCAAGCUUCCUUGGCGGUUUAAACUUGAUUCAUGAUCGAUUUGAGUGUAAGAAAUUCCUUCAAUACAUUUUUUUCUCAUGUAAACUUCAUACUUGUUGCCUUCAUUUUGGAGCUUCUGUAGUUCUACUGCCUAACACCCCUGAUUGGAUGUUAUAUUUAAACGUACGCUAGGGGUUGGUAUUUACUAAUUUCUCUACAAUGCCCUGCGUCAAAUGACUGCAUAAAAUCAUCAUGCCACUAAAUUGUACAUUGCUUAGAUAUAUAUGC